AUGAGCAACCGCUUCGCGCAGUUCAAGUUGGUCUUGCUAGGUGAAUCUGCUGUGGGAAAGAGCUCGAUAGUAUUGCGCUUCGUCAAGGAUCAAUUUGACUCCUACAGGGAAUCCACUAUUGGUGCCGCCUUCUUAACACAGACCAUUUCGCUCGACGAGAACACGACUGUCAAGUUUGAGAUUUGGGAUACCGCUGGCCAGGAACGCUACAAGUCCCUCGCGCCCAUGUACUACCGGAAUGCAAACUGCGCCGUUGUUGUUUAUGAUAUCACGCAAGCCGCGUCGCUCGACAAGGCCAAGUCGUGGGUGAAGGAACUCCAACGACAAGCCAACGAGAACAUCAUCAUCGCCCUUGCCGGAAACAAGUUGGAUUUGGUGACGGAGCAACCAGACAAGCGCGCCAUCCCUACCGCCGAAGCCGAGGCCUACGCAAAGGAAGCCGGCCUUCUCUUCUUUGAGACAUCCGCAAAGACUGCCGAGAACGUUCAAGAGUUGUUUACUGCUAUUGCCAAGAAACUUCCACUUGAUCAGGUUGGGCCGAGACAUGCCCGGCCUGGUCAGCGGCCCGGAGUCAGUCUUGCUCCCGAAGGAGCCAACACGCAAGCCGGUGGGCCCUGCGCGUGCUGA